AUGCCCGACAACGACCUCCUCACCCAAGUCCUGAGCCAGCUCAAGCACUCCCCAUCCAUGAGCUGGGCUGAAGCCAGCAAAUUGCUUUCCAUCGCAAAGCUUGCCCUUCUCAAACUUAAUGCCCUCACGCCAAAAGCAGAAGUAUCGACAGACCUCCUUUGUCUCGCCCGCGAGACCUAUGAACAGGGAGCCCUCUUUGCCAUCCGCGCCCGAAACCCUGACGCCUUUACCCGCUAUGUCCAGCAACUUCAACCGUUUUACGAGUUGCCCUCUACGCGUCUCCCCCCGAACGUGCCAGAGCGCAACAAGGUCACCGGCCUAAGUUUACUUCUUUUCCUUACUCAAGGUCGUUAUGGCGAGUUCCACUCAGAGCUCGAGAGCCUCGCCUACAGAGAUGGGGGCGGCAGUUGUGAUGUUGAGGGGGAUCGAUAUCUCGGAUACCCGAUCAGGCUCGAGAGAUGGCUGAUGGAAGGAAGCUACGAUCGCGUCUGGAGGGCAAUGAAGAGCAGCGAAGUGCCAUGUGACGAAUACAGCGUGUUCUCGGAGAUCUUGAAAAACCAGAUUCGAUCCGAGAUAGCCAGCAGCAGUGAGCGUGCUUAUCCCUGUCUCCCAAUCAGCUCUACAAAAUCCCUUCUGUUCCUUGAUUCGGAAGGGGAUGUCAUCCAUUUUGCCCAUCGUCGUGGCUGGGCUGUGAAGGAUGGCCAUAUAUUCUUUCCAAACGUCGCAGACGCCAGUGAAGUGGGUGUACAGAGCAAAGAUGUGAGUCAGAUGAUGAUAGAGAACACCCUGGGCUAUGCGCGUGAGCUCGAGACAAUUGUGUAG